UGCGUAUGUAGUGCAGUGUAUCUCUCUUUUUUUUUCUGACUAAAACCUUUCAAUCAUCAUGGCCAAGAAAUCUCAAAAAUCUCACAAAACCACUUCUUCUAAUUCUUCUUCCACCACCACCAUGGUUAAACGUAAACGUAAAAGCAUCCAAAGAACUUCACCUCCACAAAGAAGCUCAAUUUAUAGGGGUGUUACAAGACAUCGUUGGACUGGUCGAUAUGAAGCUCAUUUGUGGGAUAAGAAUUGUUGGAAUGAAUCACAGAGCAAAAAAGGAAGACAAGUAUAUCUAGGGGCAUAUGAUGAUGAAGAAGCUGCAGCACGUGCCUAUGACUUGGCAGCAUUGAAGUACUGGGGACAAGAAACAAUUCUCAAUUUUCAAGUAUCAAACUAUCAAGAGGAGCUCAAAGAGAUGGAAGGACAAUCAAAAGAAGAAUAUAUUGGAUCCUUAAGAAGAAAAAGUAGUGGAUUUUCUAGAGGAGUCUCAAAAUACAGAGGUGUAGCAAGACACCACCACAAUGGAAGAUGGGAAGCUCGAAUUGGCAGGGUCUUCGGCAACAAAUAUUUAUAUCUUGGAACCUAUGCUACACAAGAAGAAGCAGCCACAGCAUAUGACGUGGCAGCAAUACAGUACAGAGGACUUAACGCCGUUACAAACUUUGAUCUUAGCCGUUAUAGCAAUUGGUUAGGUCCUAAAACUCAAGACAACAAUGAUAAUAACAACCACAAUAAUCAAAAUUCUAGCAAUAAUCAAGAGCUGGAUCUUAAUCAAGAACUUGAUGUCAGUGCCACAUCAGCAUCUUCGACAUUUGGUCAUAUCUUAAAAUCAUCAAAAUUCACAGAAAUGAUAGAAAAAACAUUACCAGACGAAAUUGAAGAUAGUUACACUCCACCAUCUUCAGAGUCAACUCCUCCACGUCGUACAUUUCCUGAAGAUAUUCAAACAAUUUUUGAAACACAAGAUUCAAGUAUCUACACAGAAAAUGAUGAUGACAUUAUAUUUGGUGAGUUGAGCUCAUUUGCUGCCCCAAUUUUUCAUUAUGGACUUGAUGUUUGAUUAGAAGGAGGAAUUAUGGUUUAUUUAUGUACAAUGUUUGUUUAUUUAUUAUCACAUUAGUUGUUUUUUCAAAAAGGUCAUCAACCAAAAAUGGAUGAUGACAAGGAAAUUAGCAAAAAAAAAGGGGAAAUUAGAGUGAACAAUUUAGAGUGGGAGAUUCUUUAAAGAGGGGAAAAAAAUUGUUAAUUUGGGUAAUUGUCGUAGCAAUCAUUUCUUACAAUUGUUUGUGAUCCAACAAGAUGGCAUUCAAGGUCUUGAUUUUAACAAUUUAGUUUUAUCAUA